AUGUAUGUCCAUUCUCAUCCAGACAUCAGACCUAACACCUGCCCAGAUUUUGUGCAUUUUCUUCCAGGAAGUUCUGCCCCUGGUCCACUGACUAAAGGCUACAUUAGACUGUACAACAUGAGGUUCAGCCCAUUUGCCCAAAGGACAAAGCUGGUGCCCAACGUCAAGGGCAUUAAGCAUGAAACCAUUAACAUCCACCUGAAGGAAAAACCGGACUGGUUUCUGGAGAAGAACCCUCUUGGACUUGUGCCUGCUAUUGAGACCGAGACUGAUGAGGUGGUGUACGAGUCUCCCAUCACCUGUGACUACCUGAAUGAGGUCUACUCUCAAAAUGUUUACAUGAUGUGGCCGUGGUUUGAUUUGAGACUUGAGACCUUUGAUCUCAAACAUCUUCUGGACAGCACUCCUGAACUAAAAAAGUUAUGCUUAUGCAAGAGGAUCCUGCUGUCAAAGCUUUUCAUACAGCACAGGCUUUGUUUAAGACUGCUUAUGUUGAUGGCAAACCAGACUAUGACUAUGGCCUGUAAACACUGA